UUUCGAACUGUUACUUACUAUUUUUACCUCACUGUUGAAGAGUUCUGAAUUGCCAACAUGGCCACCGCCACGCGAAGCAGUGGCAUGGCCAUUGAUAAGGAUGAAACCAACAAUAGUACCUUGUUUGAAAAUUUUACUAUUGAUGAAAUCAGAGAACAAGAAAAAAAGAACAGGGCUGAUAUUGAAAGAAAAAAGGAAGAUCUGAGAGUUAUGGUUGGGGAACGAUAUAGAGAUUUAAUUGAAGCUGCAGAUACUAUAACAGACAUGAAGAACAGUGCCGAAAAUGUUAUGACAUCAAUUUCUACUAUGGAAACAAUGUGUCAACAAUUAAAACAAAAUCAUAUGGUGAAAGGAGUUUCAUUUCCACAAUCUUCUAAACAAGCACCAGCAGGAAGAAAGAAAGAAGAAGUAGAAUUUUAUGGUGUGGCUUCGCAGAUCAAACUUUUGCUAGACAUGCCUGAGAAAAUUUGGAGUAGUGUAGAUAAUCAGGAUUAUCUGAGAGCAACACAACUUUACCUACUAGCUCGACAUAUUAAUACAAGUUUACAUCUUGAUACACAGAGAUCUUCAUCUGUUUUAUCUUGGUUUCCUUUAUUAACACGACAGUGGGCGGCUAUCAGUCACUUUAAAUCAUCCAUACUACAGGGUUGCAGAAACUUGUUAAAAGAUUCUGAUUCCAGAUUUUCUGAUCAGAAAUUGGCCGAAUAUUUAUGUUCUAUUUUAUUGUUAGAAGAUAGUACUCCAAGACAAGUUUUCAAUGAAUUUCUACUUGCAAGAACUAAAGCAGUACAGUUUAUAUUACAUCCCAAUCAACAGUCUAAUAUAAAAGAUCAAGUUUGUACAGUGGUUAGAGUUUUAACUAAUACUAUACAUCAGAUAUAUGCUGUCUUUUAUAACACACAAUCAUCUACAGAAAAUUGUGAUCUCCUUCUAGAAACAAUAAACAGUGUUACAACCAAAUCUCAAGAUGAUUUUGGUUUAUUGGAUCUACAGGGUUCAAUAUCAUCAAGAUGUUUACCAAAAUCCGUUAAAGAUUUUCGACCAGCUUUAAGAAAUGUUGCAAAAAACAUAUCAUUACAACAUCUACAGGAUAAUUGUCAACAGUGGAUUACAACGUGUGUUCAAGAUAUAAGUAGUGGUAUAAGUAAAUUAUUGAGUUAUGUGAAUACUGUAAAACGAUUGGCUGACAUUAGAGAUGCUGUAUGGCAAUUACUUCAAGAGGAUGAAAAUCAGAGUAAUUGGUUAAAAGUGUGUGAUAGUAUAUUAGAUAGAAAACUCAAUGUAUGGACAGACGUAUUAAAACCAUUGUUCUUAGAUAGAGUUAAGGCUUUGAAUCAGUAUCAACUGGAUACAACAGCAGAAUUAACUAAACGUAAUGUCACCAAGGUCAUGAUGGACCUAGCUUCUUAUAAUGAUAGUGGAAUGGUGCAUGAAAUGGAUUUAGCUGGCUAUAUUUGGUCGGAAUCAGCAGGUGAUAUAUCUCCCAAUGCUGUAUGGACAACAUCUGGUACUAAAUCAAUGGCAGAUAGUGGUGGUCUUAUACUGAAAGCUCGAGCUUUUACACCUGCAGUUCAAAGUCUGUGUCACAGUAUUGAUGAGAAGUUAAAAUCUCUACAAGAAGAUAAUGAGAGUUAUUUGUAUCCUGAAGAUAGACAUCAAGCAACUAUUGAAGGACCAUUUAAUUUAUAUCAAGAUACAGCUGUUAUAUUGACCUAUGUAGAAACAAGCUGUAGUCAAUGUAUUCAAGAAAUAUUAAAUUAUUUGACAGAACAACUGAAACUUUGGCAGAAAGCAUUAACAGAAAUAAAAGAUCCCCUAGCUUCUGUUAUUACAGAAAAUAAAGUUUUAUUGGUAGCACGUCUAUGUUCAGCUGUAGGUGAAUUAGUGCCUCACUUACAAAAAUGUGUUUUAGGAGCUUCAGAAUUUCAAACUCAAGAAUCAUUUAGUCGCUCAUUGAAAAAGACUAGAUCUGGACCUAAAGUGGUUGAAAGUAGUCAGUGGUUGGUUAUAACAUCUAAAUUACAAGAAUGUAAAUUACUUUCAUACAGAAUAUGGAUAGAUUAUAUUAAAUCACAGAUAAUUACAAACUUUUCACGGCCAUUACAUUCUAAAAGUUGGACAGAUACUGUUCAAACAUGUACGAGAUGGGAAGAAGUUAAUAUACAGGAAGAAACUGAUGAAGGAAGAAAACUCAAAUCAAGUAUUCAUAUACCUAUGCAGGCCUCAUGGUAUGUACAAUCAAUGUUAUAUACAUUAUGUCGUGAUAUUAAUAGAGUUGGUGGACAAGCUUUACCAAGAUCCAUUAUACAAGAUUUAGUAUAUAAAGUCAGUGAUGGUAUAAUUGAAGAGUUUGAACAUCUGGUAAAUCGAGGCAAAAACAAAUCUUCACAGAGUGAUGUGCCCUUGACACAACAACAAUCUCUACAAGCUCUAUUUAACAUCAGAUUUAUUCAACUGAUUAUUCCAAGAAAAGAUGAUGAAGAGUCAUGUAAAAAAUACCGGAAGAAAGUGGAAUCGAUAAUAGAGAGAUUAGAAGAUAUUAUUGAUCCGUUUGAUCUCAACGUUUUUACACCGUACAUUUCAUCUAAUCUCCUUAAACAUACACAAAGAUGUGCUGUGAUAUUUGGUGCUCACUGA